GCGAGGGAGCCGUCGGCACCGCUGACUUCAAACAAACACGUGACGGAAAGAUGAAGCUGAGAGGAAAGGCUACGUAGCUAUUCGUGAACACUGGAUAUUGAUUAAGUUCAAUUGGCGAUUUGUUUGCACUCAGCAUCUGUCACGACCUUUAAACUGCGCGCGCACUGCAGCCAGAUUUCCACGGGAGAUAUUUAACACGUGCCCGUGGAGCUCCUGUAUCCAUCAAUUGUCCGACGGCACGUGAACGCAGCGGUUGCCCAAACAAGUUAAUUGAGACUCUUGCUGUGGUGAUGUUGAAUCUAAGGAUUCCCUGAUGACAAUGAAGUUUCCAUACCGAGAGCCUGCCUUUGUCACCUUCUGUCGUCAAACAACCUCUUAAACACGCUUAAAGCAUAUAUUCCAGCAUAGUCCUUGCCUUAUUGCUACCCUUCCACUGUAGCUACCAGCAAACUCUUAAACACUAUCCAUCUGCUCAGCAUUUAGCUUUUAGCUGUGAAAGGCUCCUCCAUAUUUUUUUCUCACUUCAGAGAACUUCCAUUCCCAGAUGAUGCGGACGGACAGCAAAGGCCGGAGCGCCUCCCCUCACAGGAUAACCUAUAAGUCUGGCUUCCACGCCAUCAAAUGGUCAUUUAACACUGCGACCAGUCUACAAACGGGAACCAAAACGGCUUCUGCCCAGCACUCUGCUGUGAACCCAAACACGCUGCCAUCCAGCCUGUCCCACACCACCACCAUUGCCAGCACAGGCAGCAGAGGGAGAGUUCACAGCAACAGGGGGACCAAGAUCAGAAACAACAUCUUCCUACAAAUGGACAACCAGCAGCUGAAAAAAGAUGUUGGUCCAGUGCAGAGUUUUGGCUCCACAUCCCUCCUUUCUUCCCAUAAUCCCACUCUACAGCUCCAAACUUCACCUUUCUGUGCAUCCAGACACUCUGUCAUUAUCCCCUCGUCUGUUCUGAGCACUGCGGUCAACAUUUCAACUCCAGAAUCUUUCCUGCAAGAUAAAUCAUCCAGAUCAGAGGAGAUAGAGGAUAUUGACAGAGCUGCUCUGGCUCAGAAGUUUUCUGUAACACGGAGGUUGUUUGAGACCAAGGUGAUGGAGGACGGAGGUGGUGGAGGGCAGGUUUCAAAAAGUAUUUCUGGCAGGGAAAGCAAGGGGACUGCAGGUGGAGAAGAGGAAGAUAUUGAAAAAGAGGAAGAUGAGAGUGGGAAAAGGAAUCACACAGAAGAGGAUGGCUGUGAUGAAGACGAAUCCAUAAACCUACCCAUCAUAAAUAUUCCCUUCCCAAAGCCUACUGCACAGGCCUCACUGACAAGUCACGAUAAAUCUAGUGUAUCGGAUGGCCCGAGUGAAUCAUCCAACAGAUCUCCCUAUCUUGACAAACAUGGUGGAACCACAGGAUCACAAUCCAAGGAAAGCAGGACAGCAAGCGCACCUCGUGACCUCUUCUUGACUCCUGAGGAGCCAGUGAGGGCAGAACUCGUCGACGUGAACAACGGGUCAUCGGAAAGUGACGACAAUGAAGAAGAAAAGGAGCAGAAGGAGGGCAACAAUUGUCUUGAAGACGAGGGGGUAAAGUACAUGGAUAAUGUAGCAGCAGAAACUGUGGAAGUUGAUUUUUCUGAAAAGCCCAGCCUGGAAACAUCAGGACCCUAUGUGUUGGAAAACGGAGUGGAGCUGAGGGAAGGUCGACCAGUUGUUCCCUCAGGCGAACACCAGAAGGAGUUAUCAACCAGCAUGUCACGGAAAAGAGAGACCGAGAAUGACGGUGAAGGGGGAAGAGACAAGUAUCAGCAGGUGAAGGAAGAAUGGGAGGGUGAACGGGAGGGGCAGACCAGACCGCUCUUGGCUGAGAAGUCAAGAGAAAACAGGAGCAAAGGGGAGAAAAAGACUGUUGGAGAAGUGGGAGAAAGUUCUGCAAGGGCCGAGAGAGGCAUAAUGCAAGAGGAGGACAAUGAUAAGGAAGUUAAGACAGACAGUGAAGAGAAGAAAAUAACUGAGAAGGAAGAAGGUUCAACAUCUGAGCUGCAUGAGGAGGGCAGAGAAGGUAGUGACGGUAUAGAAGGAGGCAAAGGGGACCAGACCGGAGCUGCGUUACUCGGUGGGAUUGAGAACGAGGCGUUUGUGGAUGAGCCGGCAUCUCCCUCUCACCCAGAGCAUUUAAGACGGGAAUGGGAACACUCUGUGCAUGAUGAUCGGCCUUUAUUGCAAUAUGAGGAAAUUCCUGGAGUGACUGAACUAGAGGAGGAUGUUGAGGAUGCAGCAGAAGAGCAGCAGAAGAGAAGGGUCAGGUUCACCUCGGCACCAAUCAAGGUGUACAGAACUUAUUCUAAUGCAGAGUACGACAGACGCAAUGAAGACAUUGACCCGGUGUCGGCCUCAGCCGAGUUCGAGCUGGAGAAGAGAGUGGACAGGAUGGAUGUCUUUCCAGUGGACAUAGAGAAGGGAGAUGAGGGUCUGGGCAUUAGUAUCAUAGGAAUGGGUGUUGGAGCUGACCAGGGUCUGGAAAAACUGGGAAUCUUUGUGAAGACGGUCACUGAAGGAGGAGCAACACAGAAGGAUGGAAGGAUUCAUGUGAACGACCAGAUCGUGGAGGUGGAUGGGGUGCGUUUGGUUGGCGUCUCCCAGCUGUUUGCAGCCACAGUCCUCAAGAACACGUCGGGCCUUGUCAAGUUUCUGAUUGGGCGAGAGAAGGAGGGGGUGGAGAGCGAGGUGGCACGACUAAUCAACGAAAGCCUGGAAAUGGAUAAAACACCCAGUGAGAGGGAAAGAGCAAGCGGAGAUGAGGAUAAUGACAGUAGCCUUUCAGAGAAGUCGUUGGAAGAGGAGGAAGACGAAGACGAAGAGGAAGACGCGUCUUUUAUUUCCAGUCUGGACAAUGAACAAGUCUACCUCAAAUACCAGCAGAUUCAGUCCAAAUUACGACGCAAAGCAGCCCGACUUCAACGUACUAGAGAAAAGUUAAACGUGUUGGCGGAGCAGCAGCAAGUUGAUUGGGAGAGCCAAAAGAUUGAGCUGGAGCAGAAGGUGGAGGAUGGAGAGGACAAGGCUGAGAAACUAGAGAAGUAUUGGCAGGAGGCCCAGACACUAUGCAGAGUUGUGAGCCAGCGACUGGCUGAUGCCCAGAGCCAAUCAGACAGCUUGGAGAUAAAAUAUAACAAAGCCAAGAGACUGGUCAGAGAAUACCAGAGCAGAGAUGAGGAAAGGGAGCAAAGAGAAACAGACUUAAGAGGAGAAAUGGUGGAGAGAGAGAAGCUGCACAGAGAAACGGUUGAAAGACUACAAAUCCAGAUAGCUCAGCUGGAGAGAAAAGAGGCUGCUCCUGAAAGAAAGAACCACUCUGUGGACACUUCAGUCACAGACUGGUAUAUGCCACUUCCUGAUACGCGACUGCUCGACUCGAGCGCUCACAAAGCCAGAGCUCAGCUGGCCCAGAAAUCCAAGCGCCAGCCGCCCUCUCGAGACAAACUCCGAGAGAGCUUUAAAAAACAGGAACGAGAAGUUCAGAAGCCCCAGGAGAGCGACUCCCCGUCUGCUCCGACAGCGACGCAAAGGAACGAUAGAAGUGACCUGUCCAGCUCCUCGUCUUUCCCGGCCCUCAGCCCUCGGCCUCCCAACAGCUUUGUCUUCACUCCUCCCAUCUACAUCACGGACGAUGUCACUCCCUCACCAUGCAAAUCUUCCGCAUCCAGGAAGUCCAAAAGGAAAUUUCCCGACCUCAGUGGCCUUCGCAAGUCUCUGAGCAAAAGGAGAAGUGACAAACUCAGCCAAAGGACCAUGAACAGGGCUUCGUGCGGUGAACUGGGGGACAAGCCUGCUGUCGUUUCUCCGUCGGGUUCGUUGACCUCCAUGCCUUCCUGCCUGCCCUUUCCCUGGUUUGGAGAGCGAGGGAGAGAAAAAGAAGUGGAUGUUGAGAGAGGCAGGAAGAGACUUCGCUCUGUGUCCAGCAGCAGCUUACCGUACCUGACCACCACAGGGAGAAGAGACCAGAGUAUUGACUGUCCAGUGGAGUGCUCCGGCAUGGUGGGUCAUGUCUCUGAUCUCUCUCUUUCUGGACGCACUCAUGCUUUCACCGUUUCCUCCACCGAGACAUUGGAUGACGACACCGUUCCCACCAAUAACAACAACCAGUGGCAGAGCCGGCCUGUGUUGCAGUGGGACAGGCAGCAGGUGUGUCUGUGGCUGAUUGCCAUGAACAUGGACGAGUACACGUCUGAGUUUGCAGCCAGAGGUGUGGACGGGACACAGCUGCUCAACAUGGACAGUGAGAAACUCAAGGCUCUGGGGGUGUGCAGUCAAAGCGACCGGUCUGCCCUCAAGAGGAAGCUGAAGGAGAUAAAGAAAAGGGAGGGAAAAGAAGAGAAGAGGCUGGAAAAGAAGAACACUGUUUUGAAUAAGAAGGGUGAAGACAAAGAGAGAGCCAGGGUGAUGAUGAUGAAGUCUAUCCACGUUGCCAGAGGCAGCAGAAGCACCCUAAGAACCGAGUCCCUCUUGUGAAAGGGGAGGGGUGAUGUUGGAGCUUUACCAGCAGCAAGGGGGCGUGUUUGCAGCCUAACUCGCACAAAAAUGCACUUGAACCUAUUUCUAUUUAGUCGAUAGAAACCACGAUAUGUACUGCACACAUCCUAAUGACUAUCUUUAGUAUUCACACUGGUUGAUUGUAAUCAAUGGAUCAUUGGACCAGAGCAGGUUGACUCUACCGCCAAAGUUCAGUCGCAGCAAAUAUGUGUCUGUAAAGUUUGCCAAACUACAGGGAUUUCAUCAUGAACCUAAAUGUAUCCCAAGAAUGAUUUUAAUAUUUAACGACGUGCUGCUUUAAGCACUCAGGUAUUGGCUCUAAAUGUUUUUUUACUGUCUUAAUAAAUAACUUUAAAGCUC